AUGUCAGAAGCGGCAGGAAAUCUUAAUAGCCUCCGCUUGGCAAAUGUGGCCCCGAGAGAGGAGUUAAAUGCCCUUCGAAGAGAGAAUGCCCAUCUAGGCCUGCAGCUCGGAAGAGCCUUGGCCGAGGUUAAUUCCUUGCGAGGCAAUGUCUCGAGCUACAUCCACUGGCCGGUGCCCAUAGUGCUGGUCCGUGCAGAGGACAACUUUGAGUUCCUACUCCAUGAGACAGGUCCCACUCCAGAGGUACCUUUCCUGUGCUGGCCUCCUCCACUCACAGAUCCCGAGUAUGUUUUGAUUAAUGUGGUCCAGGACUAUGCCAACUCCGACGGGUCCACUGACCCUCCUCUGUCACCCAGCCUGUCCCAGCCGGAGCUGCACUCACCAACGUCAAAGUUGCCACUCUUAGAGGCCCUUCCGCCACCACUGGAGAGGCCAGACAUAGAACCCUUUUCAGGCAACCCAAUCUACCUGGCUGAAUUUCUGAUGCAGCUAGAGACCAUAGCCGAUCAUGAAGAUCACUUCCCUGGAGGUGCGAGGGUGGCCUUUGUGAUUUCCUUUUUCACAGGGGAAGGGAGAGACUGGGCUAGCUCAGUCACCCAGGAAGGAAGCUCCUUGGAUGUCAACUUCCCGUGCUUCCUGGAUGAAAUCCAUAAGGAAUUCUCUGGCCCCAUCCCCUCAAGCGGCCCCAUCCCCUCAUGCGUGGCUAAAAAGGCCAUCCUCAAGCUCAAGCAGGGAGACUGUACCCUGGGCGCUAGCUAUGCAGAUGCUUUUCAGUUCUUGGCUCAGUUUGUGUCUUGGGAUGACUGUCGCCUCCAAAACCAAUUCCUCAAAGGCUUGUCAGAAGUUUUCCGAAAGGAAAUCUUAUGGUCAACUGCAAUGGCAGACCUGGAUGAGCUGAUCCUUGAGUGUAUGGCAAUAGAAAGGAAAGUGCAAGUCCCCAAGGCAAUCUCACUCCCUGGAGUUCAAAAUAGCUUCUGCUCUUUUGUUCUAAUUCCUAAUAAGGAUGAACAUGAAGGAGUAGUGUACAGUGAGAAUGAGGAUGAGGGUGAAGAGGCAGGCAGGCACAGGCUUUAUCUUAAGGACCCGAGGAAGUGCAUGAUGGCUUUCUCACAGGAGAUGGGUGGGGGGAGGGAAGAGGAGGAGAUGAGGAAAGAGGAAGAAGGGAUGGAGGAUGAGAAAGAUGAUGAUGAUUAGGAUGAAGAGGAGCAUGAGGAAGAGGAGGAAGAAGAGGGAGAUGAAAAAAAUGAGUAUGGUGAUGAAAAUAAGUAUGAGGAGGAAGAUGAGACUGAGGUUAGGAUCUUGGAACCAGGACAGGAGGGAGGAAGGGAGGAGACCCAGCAUGAGCAUGUGUAUGUGCAUGACCACAUAUGUGUGCUUGCUGCCCACCAUCAUAGCCUACAUGGAGAGCUGACAGAGAUGGUCGAGCCUUCCUUUGCUGACACUUCAACCCAGCCCAUUAGCUCUGCGAUAGGCUAUCCCCAUGCUGAGAAUAACCUGGGUGUAUCACCUUCCAUAGUACAUUGUAGCAGAGGGAGGAACCAGAAUCGAGUCUCACUUCUGGAGAGCCUCCCAGGUACCAAUCCUCAUGUCUACAGCUCACCAGCACGGAUCCGCCAUGCAGGUCGCUUAAGGCAACACCAAAUACGAAGAUGUCCCUCGGUGUUAUGCUGCCUGACUCCUAGACAGGGGGGCCACCGUGCUACUCAAGGCCGAACUCGAGUGUGAAUGCUGGGAUGAUUUGGCCACAGGGAACACGCCCUUCUACUGCAUCCCUUGCCCUUGCUAUUGCCGCUGUAUGUGCCCCCUCUAUUGACCAGUCCUUGAGAAAGCUCCAGACUGGAAGAACCUUUUCAAAGAAGGACCCACAGGAUCACAGACUGUUUUGAAACCACAACCAGAGAGUGAAAUGUGCCAACCAAGGCCAUUUAGGAAAGGAGAGGGCAGUACUCACAGCCCUCCUGCCAUGGACUCUGCUCAAUCCUCAGAUUAGUUGGAUAGCAAUUGUCUGGGCCUAUUCUUAUAAAUGCACUGGUCACCUCUAUCUUCUCCUUCAGUUGUCCCCAAUCUUUGCCUCUCCUGUUUUUCUUUGCCCUGUGUUCUACAGUUUUACCCUGACUGGUUCAAGAGGACUUCAUGUAC